AUAAACCUUUCCCUUCCUGGUGAGCAAAAUUGGCAGUCCAGUGAAAUCUGUACUACUACAGAGAUGGCGAAUCAACUUUACGGCUAUAACCCUAGCAGCACCAACACCGGAAUAGCAGCUAGAACAGCAACGAGAUCCAUGGACAACUAUCAUUUCUCUACUACUGAUAAUAAUAAGACGACAUUACAAUACGGUUCUUCCAAUUAUUACGGUUCUACCGGCUAUGCCUUCUCCUCAUCCCCGACUGUGCUUUAUAAUCAAAGUGAUAGUAGUUAUACGCCUACUCCUGUGAGUAGGAUUCCAGGUCAAUCCUUGUAUGGACCGCCUGGUGUUGAUGUUGCAAUUGCUGCUCAACCGCAACCACCUGCUGCUGACAACUCUUAUUUUUCUACCUUGAAGCGCUCCUCUACUGAUGCAUUGUAUCAUCAGACACUUUUGGGUGCACGUAAUACAAUCGGGCAAGCUGAAGCUUGGUUUUCAACCAAUCCUUUAGCCAAGCGCCCUAGAUUCGAGAGUGCAAGCAAUUUGCCUAUAUAUCCCCAGAGGCCUGGAGAGAAGGACUGUGCCCAUUAUAUGCAAACAAGAACCUGUAAAUUUGGAGAAAGCUGCAAGUUUGACCAUCCUAUUUGGGUUCCAGAGGGUGGAAUCCCAGAUUGGAAAGAGGUUCCAGUUACAACUGAAUCUCCUCCUGAAAGACCUGGAGAGCCUGAUUGUCCAUAUUUUAUGAAGACUCAAAAAUGCAAGUUCGGUAAUAGGUGCAAAUUUAACCACCCCAAGGAUAACACAGCUCAAUUGUCUCAGGGUGCUACACAGAAUUCUGAUGUUUCUGACUUACCUGAGAGACCUUCUGAACCAUCAUGCACGUUUUACAUGAAGACGGGAACAUGUAAAUUUGGUGCUACCUGCAAGUUUCACCAUCCUAGAGAUAUACAAGUGCCAUCUCCCAAGCAAGAAAAUGGCUCUGCGGGGAAGCCUGGAUCAGCUAUUAAUGAGAUAACUCAGGAUGUGAAUCUAGUCAAGCCGCUUUCUGUUCCAGCUUUAUUGCACAACUCCAAAGGCCUUCCAGUUAGACCGGGUGAAGUUGAUUGUCCUUUCUACCUAAAAACUGGCAGCUGCAAGUAUGGAGGCACUUGCCGUUACAACCAUCCUGAAAGAAAUGCAGCUGCUAUUGGUCCUGCCCUUGUAGCCUCUCCUGCAACACACUGGAAUAUUGGAAUGGUUAAUCCAGCUGCCUCUCUCUUGCAAAGUUUAGAUCCAAGACUGACUCAGACAAUGCUCGGGUUGCUUCCACCUGUCUAUCCACAACGACCUGGUGAAAUUGAAUGCGAUUUCUAUAUGAAAACCGGGGAAUGCAAGUAUGGUGAAAGAUGCAGGUUUCAUCACCCUCUUGAUCGUUCAGCACCCGUAGUGUCAACAAAGGAUGUACAGCAGCCAAAUGUUAAGCUUACUCUUGCUGGUCUACCAAGGAGGGAGGGUGCUGUACACUGUCCAUACUACAUGAAGACUGGAAUGUGCAAGUAUGGGGCGACAUGCAAGUUUGAUCAUCCACCACCUGGAGAGCUCUUGGGUAUGGCAACAUCCCAGGGGGCGUCGUUGUCUGUUGAGGGAGAAGAUAAUGUUGGUGUGAAUGAACAGCAGCAGUAAGGUUAUAGCUGAAAGGCCAUUCUCGCAGUCACAUCUUUCUCAAUUAUCAUUUCUGUUUUACCAUUAUUGUAGCACACUUGUAAAGCAUAGUUUGCAGGAUGAAUUCUGAACAUUCUUCUAGAGUUGUAACACAGUUUCUCGUUUACACCACAACUUGAUGAAAGUUGUUUUUUCAAUGGUAUGCUUUUAGUUGCACCUCUUCAGAACCUGAAAAAUUUAAAUACAACCCAUCUUAAAGGA